CGACUCCCAAGCGCUUUUGCAAAGACAAGGGUCACCUUUAAUUCCCAUUGUCAGUACCCUAUUGACGAGAUGGCAGGCCGCGCUCUCUAUACCGGCACCGCCAAGACAGGGAUCUGCUCCGGCUGUAGGUGCUUAGGUCAAGCCAGAUGAUGAAGGCGAGGACCAUGGGAAGACACCUAAUCAAAUGAUGGAAGAAGACGUCCCACCCCUAAGCGACCAGCAAACGACAAUGACCUAGACAACGAGGUUGGAAUGCUUGAUCUUCAUCCCCUCCGACGCGCCAGGAACGCGAUGGGGCGAGGGAAGCCAUCUCAUAUUCUGAUUGGUUUCAUGUGAGCGGCUUGAGUACUCUUCCUCACCGCCAUUGCAUUCUGCCCGCCCAAAAAAAAAGAAAUUCGCCGAGGGAAAAAAAAUCGCUGAUAAACUGGACGACAUUGCAACAAUCUAAAAGCAGACAGGAGAAACAAAACUUCACCAUGCCGAAGACGCUACAGAAAGUACACAAGCACAUUGCGAAGAAGAGAGGAGCGGUUGAGGCUCUUCACGAGUUCAGCAGAGAUGCCAGAAGAUUACGCCGCGCCACCGCUAGAGAUGACCGAGUCGCUCGAGUGUCCGCCAAUAUGUCGCGGGGCAGACAAACCUAUGUCGACCGCAUUGCAUACUUCUACGAGACCCUGCCCGAGGAUGCGACGCCAAUGUCGGAAGACGAGAUGAAGGAUAUCGUGGUGAGGUAUAUCAACCGUAGUGUGCCCGAGAUCGAGCAGUUACAGAGCGAGAGACGGAAAGGCAGACCCCCAAGCAAGCGGGAAGAAGCGCUGCUGCAGCGAACCGAUGUCGAGAACAAGGAGUUUAAGACGGGAUUUUGGUUGCCUGACCUCAGUGAGCAGGGUGUGAUCAAUUCGCUUAGGGCUUGGAAUGGCGAUUGGUCUGGCUUGAGCACGAUGAAGUUCAUCCGGAUCACUAAGGAUGGAGGCAAGCAGCCUUCAGUAUUUCCCCCCAAGGGAAUGUCUUGAAAGAUUUUGUUCGUCUUCUGUGUUCCGAGUUGCAAAAAGUUGGGUGCUUUGUCGGGGGAAUCUCAUGGGACUAUGGCGUUAUGAUUGCAUAUAAUUCACAUGUACACACAUAUCAUACCAUAUGGUUUUUCUUGAAUCACCAGUAAAUGAAGUACGUAC